AUGAAGCUCCCAGUCAUCGUCCUCGCAGCUCUUACAGCACCUGUAACCCAGGCGGCCCCCACACCAGCCUCUGAACUUACCACUCGCCAGACUAGAUCACGAGAGCUUAUCCAACCAGAACUCUGGCCUGUCCUUCAACGCUAUACGCGGUUCGCUGUGGCCUCUCUCUCGGCCUUCACCUAUAACCAAGGAAAAUGCCCUAGUCCACCUUUCCACUCCGUUCUCGUCCGAACAAUAAACUCUAUCGUAACCUCAACCCAAGUCGCCGUAUUCCAAGAUAGCGCCGCAAAAGAGCUGAUCGUGUCCUUCCCCGGCUCCGCCUCAGUCCAGGAUUUCAUCACUGACUUUGCCUAUUUCCUGAAGCCCUUUACUAGCGCCCCAGGCUGCACCGAUUGCCAGGUCCACGGGGGUCUCCUCCAAGCCUGGCGCUCCGUACAACCUAAUCUCACAGCUGCGCUGGCAGAAUUGAAUGUACAACUGCCAGGUUACAAGACGAUCAUCGUAGGCCACAGCCUAGGCGGUGGACUAGCCAGUCUCGCCUAUACUGAUCUCCGGGCUAAUAACGUUCCCAUUGCAAAAGCAUACACCUUGGGAUCCCUGCGCGUGGGAAACCCAGCAUAUGCCGACUUCACCGACCAGCUGGCUGGUGCAGAUGAGAACAACUUGGGCGAAUUGCUGCGCAUUACACAUGGGGUUGAUGGCGUGCCGAAUUUACCGUUUCAGCCCAUGGGAUUCCAGCAUACACGCACCGAGAUUUACGAGGAAGAUACUCAGCCUGUGGGUGGCACGCAGAGUCCUCAGACUACAUUCCGCUGCUUUGGUCAGGAGGCGAGUGAUUGCAUUAGGGGCAAAGCGGUGGGGUUCAUUAAUCAGGAUCAUCUGGUCUACACCGGGAUUUCGAUGUCGGGACCGGAGCAGUGUAAUAGCCAGGACUGA